CCACAGAUCUCGUCUGAAAGCAUUUAAAGAUGCCUUGCAGACUCCGACUGUCUCAGACAUCUACAGUCAUCUAGUUAUCUCGCUUUUACAUCUGCAAGAGAUCACAAAUCAUGAGGGCUUCAUCUGUGUUUCUGCUUCUCGGACUGAUGCUUCUGAUGGCCUGGACCUCUGAGGCUCAGCCAAUUCCUGAAUCCUGUUGCUUCAAUUUCAUUGACUUUCCAAUCCCAGCCAACAAAAUAGUGAGUGCCGUGAAAACAAGUUCACGCUGCGCUUCUAAAGGAAUUGUGGUUACCACACCUAGAACCCAGUUUUGCGUGAAACCAGAUGAAGAGUGGAUAAAGCCCAUAAUGGAAAAACUGAAAUAAAAACCACAACACAAUACUGUGCACCAUAUAAUACUGAUACUGCUUCAAGCAACUGUCCUUUCUUAUUUCUUCAAAAUAUAUUUUUUCAAGUAUUUGUUUCUUAACAUUACAGACUGUUUUUAUUUUGUGCUCAGUGUGUGCAAAUAAACAAUAAAAAGAUUAUACCUGA